GACGUCUUCGCUCGCGCUUCACGCCAGUGGCACGAGCUGGGAGAGAGCGGACAGGGAGCCCGCUGCUGCCACCUCAACAUGGAGUAGGGAGCUCCCAGCAUUCGCUGCUAAGAAGCAGAGUCCACAGAGCGGAAUACGCGACGGCCUCUGUCUCGUUUGCACGCCGAAGUCCCCUCCAAUGAUACAGCGGCAGUUGUUUUUUGUUCACGCAAAGGAAAGCUCGGCUUUUUACUUGAAAGAUGGCGAACGACUCUCCGGCUAAAAGUCUAGUAGACAUAGACUUGGCUUCAUUGCGGGAUCCAGCUGGGAUAUUUGAAUUGGUGGAGGUGGUUGGAAAUGGCACCUAUGGACAAGUAUACAAGGGACGUCAUGUCAAGACUGGACAGCUGGCUGCCAUUAAAGUCAUGGAUGUCACGGAGGAUGAAGAGGAGGAAAUUAAACUUGAGAUCAAUAUGCUAAAGAAGUAUUCCCACCACCGAAACAUAGCAACCUACUAUGGUGCUUUCAUUAAGAAGAGCCCCCCGGGGCACGAUGACCAGCUAUGGUUGGUGAUGGAGUUCUGUGGAGCUGGUUCGAUUACAGACCUGGUGAAAAACACCAAAGGGAACCAGCUCAAGGAAGAUUGGAUAGCCUACAUCUCCAGAGAGAUCCUCAGGGGUCUUGCUCACCUACAUGCCCACCACGUCAUCCACCGUGACAUCAAAGGCCAAAACGUCCUGUUGACAGAGAAUGCUGAAGUCAAACUUGUUGACUUUGGCGUGAGUGCUCAGCUGGACAGGACAGUAGGCAGGAGAAACACCUUCAUCGGGACCCCUUACUGGAUGGCCCCUGAGGUCAUCGCUUGUGACGAGAACCCAGAUGCCACAUACGACUACAGGAGUGAUCUGUGGUCUUGUGGCAUCACAGCUAUUGAAAUGGCUGAAGGAGCACCACCACUUUGCGACAUGCAUCCUAUGCGUGCACUUUUCCUCAUUCCAAGAAAUCCUCCUCCCAGGCUCAAGUCUAAAAAAUGGUCCAAAAAGUUUUUUAGUUUUAUUGAGGGCUGUCUGGUGAAGAACUACACGCAGCGACCCCCGACAGAGCAGCUCCUGAAGCACCCCUUCAUCCGAGACCAACCCAACGAGAGGCAAGUCCGCAUUCAGCUCAAAGACCACAUCGACCGUACCAAGAAGAAGAGGGGAGAGAAGGAUGAGACAGAGUAUGAGUACAGUGGUAGUGAGGAGGAGGAAGAGGAUCCCCCAGAGCAGGAGGGAGAGCCCAGCUCCAUUGUCAAUGUACCAGGUGAGUCGACUCUGCGGCGUGACUUCAUCCGCCUGCAGCAGGAGAACAAGGAGCGAUCAGAGGCCCUCCGUCGCCAGCAGCUCCUCCAGGAGCAGCAGCUCCGGGAGCAGGAGGAGUACAAGCGCCAACUACUGGCUGAAAGGCAGAAACGCAUUGAGCAACAGAAGGAACAGAGGAGAAGGCUGGAGGAGCAACAGCGACGCGAACGGGAGAUGAGGAGGCAACAGGAGCGUGAGCAGCGACGUCGUGAGCAAGAGGACAAGAGGCGCGUUGAAGAGAUGGAUCGUCGACGUAAAGAAGAGGAGGAACGUCGGCGUGCUGAGGAUGAGAAGAGAAGGAAUGAUCGUGAACAGGAGUACAUCAGGCGUCAGCUGGAGGAGGAGCAGAGACACCUGGAGAUGCUGCAGGAGCAGCUGCUCCGUGAACAGGCCAUGCUACUGGAGUUCAAGUGGCGGGAGCUCGAGGAGCAGCGCAAGGCAGAGCGACUCCAUAAGCGCCUGCAGCAGGAGCAGGCCUACCUGCUGUCGCUCCAGCACGAAUCCAAACAGCAGCCUGGCGAUAAGACCAAACUCUCCUCAGACCAUAGCAAACCUCCACAGACCUCCACCCUUCCCCCUGACAGAGUCCUCCCCACAACCCCUCAAGCUCAUGUCCUCGACAGUGCUGUUUCUGUACCAAAAGGUGCUUAUGAGACCUCCUCCAGAGCCCUUCAGACAGUCCCCUCGGAAAUAUCCCAGGCAGCGGUGCCAGAGGGGAACGACUCUGAUGAGACCUGUCCCAGCCCCGCCCCCCCUCAGACUGAAACCCCCACUGACUCUGAACCUCCCCAGGCAGAAAGUUUGGAGCUCGAUAGGUCCGCAGAGCCUGUCAGUCAUCCCCCUCAGCCUAUCAGAGAGGCCGACGAGCGGUACCGUAAGAACAUUCAGGGCUCCCCUCAGACUGCCCCUCCUCCCAAGCAGCCCCCUCUGCCUCCCCGCUCCUCUGAACCAUUCUCCAACGGCAGCUCCUCCUCUGAGGCCUCCGCCAUGCACCGGCCCAUGGAGCCUCAGGUCCAGUGGUCCCACCUGGCUGCUCUAAAGAGCAGCAACAGCGCCGCCCCCUCUCCUCCUCCUCCUCCUCCGCCCGUGGUCGCUCGCUCCCAGUCCUUCAGCGAGCCCAGCGGCGUGACCUCUAGCUUUGCACAACUCCACCUGCGUUCCCAGGACCCCCACCAUCACCACCACCACCACCCAUCGCCCGCACGCACUGACCCCCAGCCCCAACCUCCCCUCCAUCACCCUCAGGCCCAGCACCAGGCCAGCAGCGAGGAGAUACCUCCCAAGGUCCCAGUAAGGACAACAUCCAGGUCUCCAGUGCUGUCACGCAGAGAGUCCCCUCUGCCAUCACAGCCCGGCAACCAGGGCGGGCAGAGGAAUGCUGGCGGUAACGUGGAGCAGCGCCCACUGUGGGACCGAGUGGAGAAGCUUCAGCCUCGGCCAGGCAGCGGCAGCUCUUCUGGAUCGUCUAACUCCAGCUCCCAGGCUAGUCCUGGUGACCGCUUCAGGCCACGCUGUGAGUCCCCUGCUUCCUCCAAAUCCGAAGGGUCGCCUCUCCAGCGGCCUGAAAACGUUUCCAAAAAACAAGAUGAAAAGAACCUUGCCAGGCCGAGUCGACCAGCUGGUGAUGCGGACCUGACUGCUCUUGCCAAGGAGCUUCGUGCAGUAGAUGACGUGAGGCCUCCCCACAAAGUCACCGACUACUCCUCCUCAAGCGAGGAGUCGGGCACCACCGACGAAGAAGAUGACGAGGAGGUGGACCAGGAGGCUGGAGAGGAGUCCACUUCUGGAGCUGAGGAUUCCAGGGCUGGGAGGCUGAGUAACGGUGAGACGGAGUCUGCUAAGACCAUGCUGGUUGAGGACUCGGAAAGCGACCAAGCCACUACGCCCUCCAAGGAUGGCACACUGGUCAUCAGACAGAGCACCGUUGACAUAAAGCGGUUGGUCAAUCUCUCAUCCUCAUCCCCCUCUUCCUCGCCUGGCCCUGGUCACAGCCACGGCCAGCCCCAACAGCCCGGCCAUGGCCUGGCAGAGAAAAACGGCUUUGCCGGUCGCAUACACCACCUACCAGACCUUAUCCAGCAGAGCCAUCACUCCCCUUCCUCUUCCACAACCAUCCCUUCCUCCUCCUCCUCUUCCUCUUCCUCCUUCCCCUCAUCAUCUAGCCAUGCCAGUCCUGCCAUGUCCCCACAGAACCCCAUGGACAAGUACACUGCCAUCGAGUCCCAGUCAGAAAGCAACUCCAUGUCCAAACACAAGUCUUCCUCCUCCUUCACUCCCUUCAUCGACCCUCGUCUUCUCCAGAUCUCUCCAUCCAGCGGCAGCUCCCUCAACAAUAUGGCAGCAUUCGGUCAGGACGGACGGCUGGCGGACCCCCUGAGGUCAGACCCAUCCCGUAAAGGUUCAGUGGUCAAUGUCAACCCAGUCAACACGCGCCCGCCGAGCGACACGCCAGAGAUUCGCAAGUACAAGAAGAGAUUCAACUCUGAGAUCCUGUGUGCUGCACUCUGGGGAGUGAAUCUGCUGGUGGGGACAGAGAGCGGUCUGAUGCUCCUGGACCGAAGCGGUCAGGGGAAGGUCUACCCUCUGAUCAAUAGGCGACGCAUCCAGCAGAUGGAUGUCCUGGAGGGACUCAAUGUUCUAGUCACCAUAUCAGGUAAAAAGAACAAGCUGCGAGUAUAUUACCUGUCGUGGCUGCGAAACAAGAUUUUGCACAAUGACCCUGAGGUGGAGAAGAAGCAGGGUUGGGUUAACGUAGGCGACCUGGAGGGCUGCGUCCACUACAAAGUCGUGAAGUACGAGAGGAUUAAGUUCUUGGUGCUGGCCUUGAAGAAUGCUGUGGAGGUGUAUGCCUGGGCACCCAAACCCUACCACAAAUUCAUGGCCUUUAAGUCUUUUGGUGACCUGGUGCACAAGCCCCUGCUGGUCGACCUGACGGUGGAGGAAGGGCAGAGGUUAAAGGUCAUCUACGGCUCCUGCUCAGGCUUCCAUGCUGUGGAUGUGGACUCCGGUGCUGUUUACGACAUCUACCUGCCCACGCAUAUCCAGACCCACAUUCAGUGCCAUGCCAUCAUCAUCUUGCCCAACACUGAUGGAAUUGAGCUGCUGGUGUGUUACGAAGACGAGGGUGUCUACGUCAACACCUACGGACGCAUCACCAAGGAUGUGGUGCUGCAGUGGGGAGAAAUGCCAACUUCAGUGGCCUACAUUAGGUCAAACCAGAUCAUGGGCUGGGGUGAGAAGGCCAUAGAGAUCCGCUCAGUGGAGACGGGUCACCUAGACGGGGUCUUCAUGCACAAGAGAGCCCAGAGACUCAAGUUCCUUUGUGAGAGGAAUGACAAGGUCUUCUUUGCUUCUGUGCGCCAAGGAGGUGCCAGCCAGGUGUAUUUCAUGACCCUGGGACGCACCUCACUGAUGAGCUGGUAGUUGACAUCCUACCGCACCAGCCAACGCGACAAGACCAACAGAUGACGAUUGUGACUAUGACUGACAACGAUGAUUAAGAGGCGAGCCUUGAGCCAGAGCUGGAGAAGCAUCUCGACGGAGAGAAUAGCCUCCUCUCACCUGCUUAGGCAAAUAAACAAUGGAUUGGACUGUAAUCAUGAAAAGAAGCAAGGGGCCGGUGUGUGUUUUGGGCGCAGGGGAGGUAUAUUCAUAACCCCCCACCAGCCUCCAAGUUUGUCUCCACCCAACCCCCCACCCCCGCUGACCAAACUUUGAGCCGAUCCCGUCCUCCUCUUCCUCUCCAGGACGUGGGAUCUGUCGCCUGUUGAUGGUAAAAUCUUUAUGUGUCAUAGUAAAACUUUGCAUCGUGUACUUGUGUGAACGGAGGAAACACUGAGCAUGUGAAUGACGGGAUGUUGGGGGGGCUUAAACGCGGCCAUUUGCUGUAUCAAAGAAUACUGUAUGUGCCACACCUCGAGUGUAGCUGUCCGUAGCUGUGUUUAGUCCAGGUCCCGUUCAGGUAAAACUAACUCCUAUUCCCACCACAGUAGGUUUUCACGUCAAGCAUGUCAUUUAACACUAGUUCACCGCCACAGUUUCCCUCUCAUAAGCUUGACUUGUAAAUCUGCCUCUGUGUCUUCACUUUUUUGCCUUCUCCUCCUGGAAGUGAAGAUUUUUUUUAAGGGACCUUCUCGAUAUAUCCAUUAAAUACAGGGUACUGGAAAUCACCUUGUACAUACUAACUACAUCCACCUUGUGGGCUUCAAACUCUCCCAGGUUUUACAGACACUUUCUUACCACAUUGCCUCACUUACUGUAGGUUAUGUCGGACAGAAGUAGCCCUGUUUAUGACAGCAUGACACAAUUAGCCCCAGCUUUUUCAUACACUGUAUAUUUUCUAUGUGAUUUGCUGCACAUAAAUAAAGCAUAAGAAUGCAGGACACACCAACAGAUGAGUUUUAAAGGAAAAAUCCACCUAAUUACCAUCAAUCUGUCAUUUUUUCUUUUUUUAGGGCUUUCCAUAUCGUGAUGUAGUGUUGCAAUGUCUCUUGCCGGCUGGCUUUGUGUAUGCUCAUUUUCCCAUUGUCACUGGCUCAAAUUCUGCAUAUUCUGUUCUACUUGAAAUAUUAAAACACACAAAAACUACAAAAUGGACCCAGAAAUGUGAGAUACAGGUGGAUUUUUCCUUUAACAUCAGUCAUAAGUAGGGCUAGGAUAAACUGUGAAUUAGACAUUGCAGAAUUAGCAGGUGGCCAUUAAGGUAGCAUGGAGGCCAAGGGGGCAGAAGUGAUGGUAAGGGAAUGAAGUGUGCAUAGAGCUGGAGGGCUGAGAGGAAGCUUCAAACAUCACACUCCACGAAGGGGAUGACAUCAGCCUCGUCUCUGACAUGUACGAUCAUCCAACUCUGUAUUUCAAACGAGACGGUGGCUUAACAUAUAGCUUGAUGGUUGCUUAGAAGAGUCUCCAGCUGAUUAAAGCUGCUCAAAAUCCUCUGAAGGUUAAAAGUGAAGAAGUUUGGAUUUUGCUUACCGUAGGAAGAAUCUGAACCAGCCACAUGAUUCAAAAUUGGACCUCUCUUUUUUGCCGCUUGGGCUUCAGACAGGCAGUAAGUUUUUACUCACUGAAAAAAACAAAUACGCAACACGAACUGGAUCAUUAUUCCAUCCCAGAUAUGAACUUUAUGUCUCCAUUUUUUACUUUUCUUUCUUGACAAGGCAAGAGUAGUUUGUCACUUCAUGUUAGACUCAUUCCACUGUUCAAAUGUAGAAUCCAUCCUGCAGCUGUGUGUCUAUGAAAUUCGUCUCCCCAAUUCUGCUCUUUGUAAGGGUGGUACCUUCACUGUCCGAGGUGGGACCUGCUCAGAGCUGCAGAAUAUGGCAGUGAGAUGCCUUUGCUCUCUGAACAUCUGUGAAAAACAACAAAGGCAGGAAAAGGAAAAAAAAAAAAGUAGUCACACGUUCUAAUUGCAGUGUUACAAAACCACUUCAGACGGCAUGAACUAAGCGGCAUAUUUUUUAACUCUGACUUAGUUUUUAGUCUUGUUUCUGCAAUUUUUAUUAUGUAACCCUUCAGAUAAGUAUGAGACUGCAGUGGUUUUUAAAUUGUAAUGCACACCUUUUGUUGAAAAUGUUUACAAGAAGCAAUUGUUUUGUUAAACCAAUGUGCAUCGAUAUGAAAUAUUUAUGGUUUAUUUUGAGGGCAGUUUUUUCCCUGUUUUGUAUUUUGUAUUAUUCCCUUUUUGUACUAUCAUUUAGACGUUUGUGUACAGGAAUAAUCAACUUUUGCUCACGUUACGAAUUACACUCAAGUCUCUAGUGUGGCAUUUCACUGAAUCCUCUACAUCCUGCAUAGUGCACAGUGUGCCCCUGGCUGUGUGGCAGUGUGGAUCAAAUGUUUUCUACCACCCAGGUGCCAGGUGACAUGUUUUCCCCUCAAACGUCUCUCUGCCAUGCCUCUCUAAUUUAUGUCCUCUCUGUGUGUACUAUGGGAAUUACUGUAUUUUCCUGAAGGUCUUUUUUUUCCAUUGAAUAAAAUCUGAAGUAAUUUAC